CUCCCCUUGUCGAUGUCUACACAGCCUCUUGAUGUGUGCGCUUUUGUGCCUCCUUUUCUUCCAACAGCAGGUUCAUACAACCCCUGCCCUCUCACAUCUCCUUUCAAACCCGCAGGCACCCUCUUUACCUUAAAUUUCACGCCCCGUCUUUCUCCAUAUGCGGCCCGUCACCAUCUCCCCUGUCUCUUUCAGCUUUCUUUCGGUCGUCGGUAUUCCCACCUCCCCUCUUCUUCUCCUCUCUCUUAUCACACAAUCCUUCUCCGUUCUUCUUCAACAGCUCGUCGCACCGAUCUUAAUGCUCCCGGUCAUACGCAUACUCCCCUUCUUCGUUCUGGCGCAGCAUCAGAACCAGCGGGUCUUUGCCGUGCGGAUUGGACACCGCGGCGGCGAUUGCGGCUUAGCUGAGACCAUUAGGGUACUUAUUGUUGAUAUUGUGGACAGCGCGGUUGGUGAGGUCGCGAUAGGAACCGCGUUGUCUGGAGGCAGCCAAGGGUUGGAAGAUCUUGAGCCCAUGGUUGUGAUUUUGGAGUUUGAGGCGGGAGGCUAG